GAAGCAUUUUCUACAAUGUUCUCCAGGCGUGUUAAACAAGAACUAUGAAAAGUUGAUUCAGUGUGACAGGCGUCUUUAUAUUUUGAGCCAACAACUCGAGAUAGUUAUGGAUUCGCCAUAUUUUGAAGCACGUGCUUCUACUUUUGAAAAUCCGGAAGAAUCCAGAGGUCGUGAAUUUGAUCAAGUGGUUGCCGCUCAAGGAUAUUCUCUCUCUAGCUUCCAGAAUGUAGAAUUAGCAGCUACCACACAAUCAUCACCUUUAACUACUGGACAGAAUCCUAAUCCUGUGACUGCUGGAUACGUGCCUGAAGAAACCUUGUCCUCCUGCUCAGUGAUGGCUACGGGUGCGAUUGAACAGAAUGGAACUUGUGAAGGGCAUGCUUAUUUGCAGCAAAGAAGCUGGGAACAACUGAAGGUGCAAGAUCUCCAUCCAUCUAUGUUGAUGGGUGAUCUUGAAAACCACAUUGAAAGCUGUAUUUUAGAACAAGUAACUACUGGUAUUGUGCCUUCAGACAAGACACCAGAAUUUUGGGAUGUAAUGGAAAACAUUAAACAAGAUUUACUUAGUGACACCCAAAGUACGACCUUUUUGGAUGAGAAAUCUCUAUUGAAAAAGGUCGAUUCUCUCUCCUCCCUCUUGCAAGAUCCUGGCACAAGUUCCAGCACGAAAGUCAAAUAA